AUGCCUAAAUGGUCUACCACAUCGACCAAAACCAGUCAAUUACGGAGCAAUAAUUACGGACGUUUAGCAUUACACCCAUCGUCUCUCCCAGCUCAACUACAAGAGACGAUGAUCAAUAAAAUCAAGAACGAUCCAUCACUACAGCAACAAAUAUCAGAUAUUGUGAAAUCAAACGAUAGCAAUAUUUUCGUUGCAACUGAAUCGAUCGUCUCCCUAUUUACACCGGUGUUUCAAACAUUUAGUGACCGUCUUAUCAGCCUUGAAGACAAAAUUGAUGACCUCGAAAGAUAUAAUCGAACAUGGUGUUUACGUGUUCACGGUUUUUAUGAAGAAAAGAAUGAAAAUAUCAUUGAAAAAAUUACUUCAUUUACAAAUAAACAACUUGAAUUAGAAUUAUCCCCAACAGCUAUUGAGAACGGUCACCGCGUCGGCCCAUUCAAAUAUGGUCAAAAUCGUCCGAUCAUUGUAGUGUUCGUGGAUUUUAAAAAAGCCUUUGACAAGGUGUGGCGCAAUGAAUUACUGUACAAAUUAAGAAACAAAGGUGUUUGUCCUCAACUAGUUGCGUGGUUUGAGGAUUACUUACUAAAUCGACAUAUCACAACAGUAGUUGGAGGUAAACAAUCAAAACCUAUCCGUAUUAACUGCGACAUACCGCAGAGAAGUAUACUGGGUCCUCUAUUAUUCCUCAUUUACAUUGAUGAUAUUGAACACGACCUGACUUCUAAGACUCAUAUUUUUCCUGAUGACACGUUACUAUAUAGUAGCGAUGAAAACUACAAAAAGGUCACCGCGGUUUUGAACAAUGAUCUUGAUAUGGUUUAUCAGUGGUCUCUGUCAUAGCAGCUACCAUUAAACUUAAUAAAGUGUGUCUCAAUGUGCUUUUCAAAAAAGCCAUCAAAGAUGUACUGUUCCUAAGAUUCUGGUUGAAUUCCGAUAGAAUUCCAAUUCUGCUUCUGACCAGAAUUCGACCAGAUUCUGGCAGAAUUACAGCAGCAUUCAACCAGAAUCUGAGAGGAUGCUGUUAUUCUGUCAGAUUCUUGUUUGGAAUGUAAAAAUUUCUGUUUUCUUAUCCCUAAAAAUUCCAGCAGAUUUCCAGUACACCGCUUAAAAGAGAACAAAAAUUUAGAGUUCUGAUAAAUUUUGUUCUGCAUCAAUAACGACUCCACAUAAUGGAAUAUUUUCAUGUACUUUUACGCUUAUAGUCUUUUCUGAUUUCGUGCAUGUGGUACUCCUCAUCCCGCUAGAGCUCAUCACACUCCUCAGACGCCCAUGUCGCCAAAACCAAAACAUUUUUUCAGAUUUUACGCAGAAAAACGCAUGCAAAAACUUAAGUGAAGUAAUGCAAAAUAUGGUUACACGAGCAAAAUAAAUACAAUAUUUUGUGUAAAAAAAAUUUUGCGUA